AUGCUUGCUUCUCUUCUUCGCCCAAAGAAACGUCGAGUGUACGCAGAACGCUCUCCAUUUUCAUCGCCCUAUACGACCCGGGAUUUGCCAUGGCCGUUCCUUCAGCGUGGCUCCGAAGAAGCGCAAUAUGAGGAGAUUCGGGGGAAUGAUGAUGCUGAUGAGAACGUCGAUGAUGGUGAAGAGGAUGAAAGCGGGGACGAAGACGAUGGUCCUUUCGAGUCCAGUCCCCUUCUGCCCAUCUUCUCAGCCUCUCACUUAGAUACGCUUCCCGUUUAUGAUAUCACCCAUACGAUUCGCGCACUUAUCGCAGCUCGUUGCGAGACCACGUUGUCCUGGGACCAGUUGCGGUCGCCCCAGAUCUCUCAGUUUCUGGUAAAACCAAUCCAGCAACAGAUUAGAGCGUUUCACUUUUCUCGGGCUACGCUAUAUGCCUUGUUAACUAACUGUUUGCAAUUCAACAAAGAAGUCCAUCUUAACCCCGGCAAUAGUGGCACAAGCCAGACCAGGGCCAUGGUGAGUGAGCUUCUUGCCAUUAAGUUGUUGAGAGAGUAUACCACAAGAGAGUUGAUUGAUGCUCUCUCCUACGAGUUUUUCCCUCUCCAGGGCCAGUCGCUGCCCGGGGGCUCCCAACAGCCCCCGGGCUGGACCCCUACCGCAGGGAACAAGCGGCUGCCUGGGGUAGCCCGCAUUUCGUGCCUCGAGGUAGCGAUCCGCGCCCAGGCGAAGCGGUUCCUGUCCCACCCGCUUGUCGUACAACAGCUGGAGGCAAUUUGGGCGGGCACAAUCGUUUUCCAUUCGGCUGCAGACUAUCUCCACCGCUCACCGACACGAGUCAGUCACAGCGCAGGGCCGACGUAUGGUACUACCGUCACCGCUACCACACCCAACCCGUUUGCCGGCAAGUUAAGCCCCAGAUCGGCUGAGCUGCGCCGCUCAGUCACCCUAUAUGACCCGAGAGAUGCCUCCCUGUUCAAACUCUCUAGGUUGAGGGUUCCUCGCUAUAGGCAGUUUCUCUCGACGCUGUCGUUUGCGGUAUUACUGGCAUUGUUCCUCGCAGUUCUAGACCAGCGGCGUGUGCAUAUUAGCGCCCUUGAGGUUGUCUUCUGGUUCUGGAGCGCAGGCUUCAUGCUUGAUGAGCUUGUUGGUUUUAACGAACAGGGCUUCAGUUUGUAUCUCAUGAGCUUCUGGAACUUAUUCGACCUCGGUAUAUUGUUUCUUCUUUUCUGCUACUAUUGCUUGCGGCUGUAUGGUGCCUUCAUGCCGUUCACCCGUAAGCAAGCAGUCGCCGAUCAGGCGUAUGAUAUCCUGGCUGCAAACGCUGUUCUCCUCUUCCCUCGACUGUUCUCGAUCCUGGACCACUACCGCUACUUCUCACAGCUGCUUAUCGCGUUCAGGAUCAUGGCUUCCGAUCUGGUAGCCGUAUUUUUCUUGAUUAUAAUUGCAUGCAGUGGCUUCUUUGUCGCUUUUACCUUGUCAUUCGGCAGUGGCGAAGAUCGUUCGCCUGGAUCAAUAGCUCGCUUCAAGGCUUUCAGUUCUAGGGCUCCUCGACUUGUUCGGGAGCCCUCUGUGGCAACUUACCAAAAGGAUCGUGCGUUGGAAGAGGUGUUUCGACGGCCGUUCCACGGAGAGACCAUGGAACCUGUAAGGGAGAUCGAUCAAAGAAAGACCAACAAAAUCGUCAAAAAUUGGAUGCAAACCAUGGGUCCUGGUCCGGCCAAUCCUCCCGAUGAGCAGGACUCGGACGAAGUCAGCCAGCUCGAAAAAAGACCGCAAAGGCCACGGCACUUUUCCCGCAGAAGGCUCACCCGAAGUUUACGAGACUUUACCGAAUCAAACCGCUCCGUUGUGUCAAAUCCCGAAGACCACGUCACUUAUAUUGCAUCCUCGCCAGCCACUCCCCGUGCUGGAAGGGAUUUCAUGGCGUCGACGCGAAGACGACAGCUUUCGCGACAUACAGGCAUGGAAGGGGAUGUUGAGCUCACAAGCGACGGGCAUGAAGAUCAGUCGAAUGGAAAAAGCUCUGAUGAUGAAGAUACCCCCAAAGAUGAAAGUCCUGGUAAAGCAACGCCGAAGUUUUACAGCUCUCGGUCAUCGACAGCGAAAGUCAAGUCGCGGAGAAAUAGUCCAGUCCGGCGUGUUAAGCAUCAUUCCCGGAGUUACUCGGGCGCUACCAUGCUAUACAGGCCCUUAUCCACAACGAGCAAUGGUGAAGAGACUGAAGCACCAACGAUCCCUGUUAGAUCCAGAGCAGAGACACCGGAUCACGCGGAUUGGGCGGCUAGGUCUACUUCUGCUGACCGAUGGGCAAUGAGAAGGCACAGUACUGACGGUCGGAGUCGAAAUGUUACUAUGCCCAUUUCGAAUCCCAUGUCUGUGCCGGAGUUCGGUCACUUUUUGGCUCCUGGUCCGCGAUAUAGUGAGCGGGGGCCAGACCCCAUUCUCCAUGGCCUAGGGUCUGAUAUUGGAGACAACAAGGCGAUCGCGAGUGGCUUUGUUGGAGGCGCUCCUUCAAGUUUGACAACCCAGAUGGCAUAUGCGACGGGUGGUAUGCGCCGACCAGAUAGCUCUCACAGUAGCCAGGAUAUUCUCAGUAAGCUCGUCCUUGCUCGCAUGAACAAUAUCGAGGAAGGGUUCCGCGAAGUGAUCAGAGAGAUGAAAGAUCUCCGGCGUGAAGGCACGAGUCGAAGUCAGAGUGGACCUGAUGAGUCGAAAGGAAAUCAGCGCGAGAAGAAGCGCACAGAGAAGAAGGGGAAGAAGCCAAAUCCUAGGUCACGAAGAAGCAAGACCGGCAGUGAAGAGCAGUCAUUACUUCUCCUUAGUGAUGCAGACACACUGCUGUAUAUUGAUCCUCCCCCGCAGAGAUCAUGCGCCUCAGCCUUGCCACGCUCAUCUGAAUCAAUUCCCCACCGUAUCCGUAGCCAAAAACUUCUGGAGACUGGCUCUAAUUAUUUCAAGGACCUCUUCCAGCCAAGGGCUCAAGCUCGGACCAUCAGUCGCCGCGGACUCGGAGGCAAGCUCACGAAUGAGAUUCACCACCGUGCCGAAAAUCAGCGAUCUCAUAAUAUCCUGGCUCUACGAUUCGGAGAAUGCUCGUCUCAUAGAGUACCAUCCCGAAAUUGCUUACAAAAUCGGCUGUGGAGUACAGCGUGA